CUCUUCCGGUCGUCAGUUUGGUGGCGGGAAAAGGACCUCUUCCUAGGGUGUCAGCCGGUCCCCACGCAGGAGGUUGUUCGCGGGAGCCAGGAUGGAGCCGCAGCCCGAGGAGCCGGGCGCCGCCGAGCGCGGGGGCUCCGCGGAGAACCCCAUCCCGCUGCUGCUCAGGCUGAGGGCACAGACAAAACAACAACUCUUGGAAUAUAAAUCAAUGCUUGAUGCAAAUGAAGAAAAAACUCCCGAAGAAAUCAUUCCAGAAAAGCAAAUUGAAAAUAAAAUUGAAGACCUAGAAAAUGAAAUCGAAAAGGUGAAAAUUGCUUUUGAAAUGAAAAAGCUUGCAUUGGACAGGAUGCAGCUUUCAACGGCACUUAGAAAAAACCUGGAGGACAGUAACAUUCAGACUAGUGAGCUCAUGGACAACAUGAACCACAUAUUAAAGCUAAAUAAAAUAAUAAUGAAAUUACAGCAGGAAUCUUGGGAUUUGGAGGAAAAAUUGCUUGAUAUUAAAAAGAAGAGAUUUGAAUUAAAACGAGCUUCAGAAAGUAAAUUUUUAGAAAUACAGACUGAAAAGAACAAACAGAAUGAUGAUUUGGCCAAUAUGGAAAAUUCAGACAAGAUGAAGACUUUACAACAAAAGCUACAGAAGGAGAUACAAAUUACUACAGUUAUUCAACAUGUCUUCCAGAACCUCAUUUUGGGGAGUAAAGUCAAUUGGGCAGAGGAUUCUGCCUUUAAAGAAACUGUUCUGCAGCUUGAGAAGAAUCUCACCAUGAUCUAAAAAGAAUUCUGUUUUGGCAUUACUUGUUUCUGUCUAUAAUGUGUCAUUUAAAUAGUAAAUUUCAGGUGAAAUGUGUGAUUUUCAGUGUUUUUGUAACUAUUAUACACAGCUUUUUUAAAUAAAAAAAAAAAAGCUUACCAGUAUAAUAUGGAAUCUAUUGCUUUAAAUAUGGUCAUUAAAAUGACUGGCAUCCUCAAAAAGAAUCUGAAGAUUUUAGCCUUGCAAGCGUCUGGAAGGACAUCAACUAGUCCAGCUUUCCGCCAAUGUGGACAUUUUUUCCUACAUCCCUACAAGUUCCAACUCCUCCAUGCAUUUUUUUUGUCAACCAAAAUACUAGAAAAAUUAGAAAAGUAUACCCACAACUUUAUUUUCAUGGCUGUCAGUUGUAUUUUAUUCAAGUAAAUCUUAUUUUAAUUUACCUCACUACAAACUUUUUUAAAAUAUGUAUUUCUUUAUUGAUUUGAGAAAGGAAAGGAGGAGAGAAACAUCAAUGAUGAGAAUCAUUGAUUGGCUGCCUCCUGCACGCACCCUGCUGGGGAUCAAGCCUGCAAACUCAGGCAUGUGCCCCUGGCUGGAAUGGAGCCUACCCUUCAGUCCACAGGCUGACAUUCUAUCCGUUGAGUCAAGCCAGAUAGGCUCCAAACUUUUUUUAUUGGGAAAAAAUUGAUAUAUAACAUUGUGUAAGCUUAAGGUGUACAGCAUGUUGAAUUAACCACCAUGGGUUUAGCUAUCAUCUCCAUCAUGUCACAUAAUUUUUUUUGUUGUGAAAAUAUUUAGAAUCUAGUAUCUUAGCAAAUUUGAAGUGUAUAAUACAGUUGUGUUAGCUGUAAUCACAAUGCUAUGCAUUAUAUAUCCAAAACUUACUCAAAUUCUACCUGUAAAUUUGUACCCUUUGACCAACAUCUCAAUUCCCAAAUCUAUCUAUAUCUUUAAAGAGGCUCAAAUGCACCUCAGCCUUGAAGAAAAACAUAUUUAGAAGAAUUGUGACUUUUUUCUUUUGUAUUUAUGUUUAUCAUGCUAACUUCUAUAAGUUAAAAAAACAAAUGUUACUUUUCUAAUUCAAAAACAUAAUUUGCCACUUUUUAUUCAUCCCAUUCCAACUUUUGUAAAUUCUGAUUUGAGCUCUUUAUUAAUUUGGAGUUGUUGAUCAUUUUUAUAGACAAUGUGUUUUUAGCAUUCUUUAAAAGACUAAACAACUUGAGAAGAUGUGCUGCAGGUGUAAUAGCAUUUGAAAUCUGUUAUUUAGGUCAAUAAUAAAAAUACAGAGAUUUGCCUUCAGUUGUAUACCAAACAUUUAUUUGGAAUA